UCAUUCUUUCUGCUGCGCAAAAAUAUGAUAUUUGUAAGGAAAAAGAAAUGAAUCAAAAUAUUAAAAAUGUAGAUCUUGCAAAUAAGUAUAAUGUCAGAAAGUCAACAAUAACGGAUAUUCUAAAAGAAAAAGAACAUUGGUUAGCCAUUACAAUUGAAGAAGAAGGUGAAAUAAAAAAAUUUCGUGGGCCAAAAUGGCCAAAAAUUGAAGAAGCUCUUGGUCUCUGGGUAGAUAAUGCGCUUAAUA